CAUCACCAUCACUCGCCCAUCAUGCUCGACGCCCUUGUCAACCGAUCCAACACCAUCGUCCAGCGUCAGCGAAUCUACCAGGCCGACACCCGCCCCGUCUACCAGCGUCUGCCCCGCUCAGGAAUGUACAUGAAGGUUUACAUGGCCUUCUUCACCGUGGGAAUGAUUGGCAUCACCGGUGGACUGAUCAAUGCCUCCAAGGUGAGUAAUUGCGGAAUGAUGGAACCUGAGGAGAUGCUGGGCGGAAGUCUGUCAGGUGGAAAGGAAGCAGAGAGCCCGGCCAGGGAUGGACGUGCCCUAUGGGCGCGGCGCCAUGACGAUGAGCAGAAGGAGGCUCUUCUGCUGUCUUAGGUAGUCGAACAAUACAGUCACCAUCAGCGCUCCCCUCUCUGAGGUAUUCUGCGCGCUCUCAAAGAUCCACGAGGGAGAUCAAGGACAUGGUUGAAACGUGUUCUCCGAUAGAUACGAGGAGCUGCCGC